AUGAACCCGAGAGCCAAGAAGUACCAAUUCACGAGAUUUAGUGUAGAUGUAUCCGAGGUUUCAGAAUCACCGGGAAAUCACUCUAGCCGCUUGCAGACAGUGAUAGAAGAGCCGUCCGGGUCUUCAGACAGCAUAGCCGGGUCAACCUCUCGGCCACCGUUGCAGCCCGCAAAGCGUUCGAGUCAGAAUCUGUCCAGCAUAACAUGGGCGAUGUUGCCACCCGUCAAUCUCGGGCACGCCGGUGGUGACAAAACGCUCGCGCUUUUUAUGCCAUACCUUGCCUACGAGAGCCACGAUGGUCGCAAAAAGAUGGCGGCCAUGAUCAAUCGCGUGAACGACAAUCGAACCAACGCGCCCCUGAGCCGCAGGGAGUCGGCAUUGAUCGAUGGGUACAUCCAUGCUCACGAUGUUCUACCACUACAUUGCCGGCGCACAUUGGAUCAGUACUCUUACUACAUGCUCGAAACCACGGAGCGGAGAGACAAAGACCAGGUCGUGUACCGAUGGGCCACCAAGCACGGGAAGCCCAAGAACACAGCUCCUAUUCUGAUGGUCGACCAGUUGUGGCUAUGGGUAUUGCCCGAUGGGACUGUAAUUACCUGCAUGCCAAACACCCAAAAGCCUUCCGAGCAGUACAACAUCAAGAAACUCCUAAGCCGGGAGAUAGAGACAAACAAGGCGCGACAAGCAAUCCAAUCGCCCGACAGCCUUGUCGAAAUGAUUCUCAAGAUAUGUCUGAACAUUAUGACAAGGCAAGGCCCUGGUGGUGUCAAGCUGCAGGAGGCCUUCCAAUCCUCCAUCAACACCAUUGCUGAAGAUGAAGCUGUCAAGAUGAAGAAGCUCCUCAAGACCGUCGACAAGCUCGCUAAUGCUAAAGAUCCCUUCAAAUACACAUCCGACAUUGACAGCUUCUCACGGAUAUCAGACGAAUCCCGGCAGCUUGUGGAAAUUAUUGAUAUCCAGGAUGAGCUUGGCAUCAUCAAGUCCAUUCUUACCACACAACUCAAGGUUCUGGAGGAAUUCCAGGGUCACCUUCGGCCUCGGAAACGGUCAGGUGGUACCAAGGAGCACUAUGACGAAGAUGGAGACCAACAUGAUGAAGUCCAUAAAAAGAGCCAUCACGGAACUGGGCUUAAGAACGCCAGAGUGGUCGAUGAAGCCAUUCGGAUCGUGGAAGACAACCUCAUCCGAGUUCAAGAGAUGGACGAGUCUGCCAAACGAGUCGAGGCUGAGUUGAAACAAUUGUUGCAAUUCAAGCAACAACAGGCAUCCGGUUGGGAUACACGAUAUGCAAUGAAGCUCUCAGAACAGGGCUCGCGGCAAAAUACUAUCAUGGUGGUGUUCACCAUCGUCACAGUCAUCUUUCUGCCGUUGUCCUUCAUUGCAAGCUUUUUUACCAUCGGCAUUGUAGAGUUCCCCAAGAACGAGGAAACCGGCGAAGUUGACUGGCCAGUCAACGAAGUGUCAAAAUAUCUGUUUCCCAUCUCCGUUGGUGUUUCUGCUGUCAUUCUCCUCGGCAUCGGCAUCGUGUUCUACCGCAUGGCGAGCAAAGCCAAGAGGCGCAUGGACAGCGCGCAACGGCCACCACCAAGCAAAUGGCAAGCUCUAAAGCAAUCCCAAACCAGAAAGUACAGCCACAAGCACAAGCACAAGCACAAGCAAGACGAUGACGACUCGUAUCUCUCGGACUGCACUUCGGACAUUUCCGACGGGUACAGCACUCGGCGGCGUCGCAACGACGACGAUUCGAGCGACGAGGAAUCAGACGACUUGAGCAUCGACGACGACAACGACUACGCCCCAAUCUUUCGCCGCUUUCGGUUCCAUACGCAUGUCCCUGGCUUGCGCAAGCUCUGGCUGUGGAAGUUGUAUCCGGUUUCGCAACCUCCGGCUCAUCAUCAUUUGAGCAAGGCUCAGGAAGACUUUGAGUGGGAUUAUCCUUUGAGGAGGUGGAGAGAUGUUACGAGGGAGAAGAUGGCGGUUUAUGUUGCGUCGUGGAAGGCUAAUCAGCUGCAAAAGAAGGGACAUGAAUCGGGACAUAAUCACCCGGAUGAGGAUGAGUGCUUUUCGGAGGAUGAGAGGCAUAGGAGCCAGACGGAGGAGUUGGAACAUCGGGAGAGAGUUGAUGAGAGGAAGGAUUGGUUGAGGGGGUGGUUGGGACUGUCGUGGGGGAGGAGGAAGGGGAGGGAGAGGGGGGAUGAGCCUGAGGAUGAUGGUGAUGAGGGUGGUGCAGCGCACAGCAUGAGGAGUGAGAAGGGUUUGGGGAGGUUAUUCAGGAGGAGGGGUAAUCGGGAGGAGAGGUGGGAUGAGGAGAUGGGCACGGCGAGACCGGCGUGAUUGUUGGAUACCUUACCACUUGAGGUACCCAGACCAUAUGCAAUCGCAA